AUGCAGCUGCCACCAACGGAGCGCGCCGAUCAGACACAACGGCACAAGGGAAACCUACUGGGUAAGGGGGAAGGGUUAACAAAAGUAACGGGAAUGCCUCAACGUUACCAGCGAAACAGCCCAUCCCUCACCACUGAAUUUAUUGCAGAAGAUGGUAAUGAGAAGUUUUGGCAGUUCUUGGAAACUGUACGAGAAUUAACAGUUUAUAAGCAAGGAGAUUUAGAGCAUUCCUAUUACAAUUUAAUCUUGAAGAAAGCAGGACAAUUUUUAACCAAUUUGCAAAUCAAUUUGUUGAAGUUUGCACUUUCCAUACGGGCAUAUUCUCCAGUUGUUCAGAUGUUUCAGCAGAUUGCAGCUGAUGAACCUCCACCAGAAGGCUGCAGUGCAUUUGUGGUUAUCCAUGAGAAGCACACCUGUAAGACUAAUGAAAUAAAAAAGCUGCUGAAGAAGGCUACUAAGAGACCUAGGCCAUAUCUUUUUAAGGGAGAUCAUAAAUUCCCAGCUCUGAAAGAGGAUGGCCCCGUGGUUAUUCUUUAUGCAGAAAUGGGUACAAAAGACUUUGCUCAAUUCCACAAGAUUUUAUCUGAGAAGGCGCAGAAGGAGGAAAUUGUUUAUGUUCUUCGGCAUUAUGUUCAGAAACCAGGUUCCAGAAAAAUGUAUUUAUCUGGGUAUGGUGUAGAACUUGCAAUAAAGAGCACAGAAUAUAAAGCAGUAGAUGACACACAGGUUAAAGCAAAUGACACAAAAGAAGAGGGCGAUGAUGAUGAUGAUGAGGAAAGUGAUGUCCAAGGAUUUCUAUUUGGCAAAUUAAAGCAGAUGCAUCCUCAUCUGAAAAAUAAUCUGGAAGAGUUUAAAAAACAUCUAAUUGAAACUACUAACAACAUGGAACCACUGAAAGUUUGGGAGUUACAGG